AUGGAAUCACCGACUUCGAGUAAAUCCCCUACACCAACACGGAGGCAUUUCUUGACGAAGUCAACUCAGGACGCAGAUUUAUGCGCCACUAUUGACAUCCCGAAAAUCCACCCAAGUCAAAUCGAUGAUCUCAACAGCACGAGAUUAGGCGAAGGCACAUUCGGUCACGUAAUCAAAUGCAGGUUUCGGUUCAAUCCUGAUUCGCCGUGGGAGAACAUAGCGAUAAAGUAUGGUACGGAUCCCUCUCAUCGAGAAAGUCUAAUACGAGAGGCCAAAGUGAUCCUCACUCACAUAAAUCAUCCGAACUGCAUAAAAAUUUUCGGUUUUUACGACUGUCCUAAGAAUGGUACGGGUGUUGCAAUGGAGUUGAUGGAUUGCAAUCUUGCCUUCUUGAUCACGAAAAGGACUAUUGAAUAUAAAAUAGAUCAUGCUAUUUCAUGGUUGUACCAGUUAUCAGAUGCAAUGAAUUAUUUCCAUUCGAGGAAUCAUGUCCACAGAGAUCUAAAGUUGCAAAACCUUCUACUUUGCAACCGCUAUCACACACUGAAAGUAUGUGACUUUGGCACAUUUACGACGUUACAUGAAUCAAUGACCUUAAACCGAGGCACACCAAUAACGAUGGCUCCAGAAAUCAUACGUGGUUCGAAGCAGUAUACAGCAAAAUGUGAUGUCUACAGUUUUGGCAUCAUCAUGUGGCAAAUCAUAGCGCGGCGUGACUCACCGUAUCUGGCGUCACAUCCGCACGAUGCUUACGUAAUAUACUGGAAUAUAGUAACGACAAACCUGCGACCACCGCAACUAACAUGUGAUCCUGUAUUGUCACGGUUCUAUGAAAGGUGCUGGAACGACGAUCCAGACAAGCGGCCAAAUAGUGAGCAAGUGAUGAGGUACUUUUCGUUGUUGAGAGAGGCAUUCCCCAAUGGUAAUGAUCCGCUCAUAGAUAGUACCACAAACGAGCCGGCUAUCACCCCUCAACCAAGAUCGGCCACUCCAUCAUACCCACGACAUCGAAGAGGCCGUUCAGAUCAAUCGACAUUGAUACAUAUUAACGGCGUACCUAGCACAUCUUCCGUAGAAGGUGAAGAUGCUACUCCUCAGAUGAGGAAUAUCCGAUCUCAUUCGGAGAUCACUUGCAUCCAACAAACCGAGAAUGAUCGGUCGCGGCUAAGAACACAAUCGAUCGAAAUGCCUGCAAACGUGCUAGAUUACAUAGAUCAUUCAUUACGCCCACCUGAUCCAAUAAUCGGCGAAGAUGAAUCAGAACAAAUAUACAAUGAGCAUAUCGCUGCUUGUCACGAGCUCUAUGACCAUGAUCUUAGUUUGCAGCGAGCCCUUGCAGACAAGCACAACGCCAUUAUGAAUCUUGCUCAUUUGGACGACUAUCGGAAACUGUUGGAGCGAAAGAAACAACUUGAACAACACAGGGAUGAAGCACUGAAGAAGAUUCAACAACAGUCUUAG